CUAUUUCCUUUUGAUAGAGUUUUUGUAUUACUUCAGUUGGGAGUGGGACUCAAAAACUGUGCAUUUUUCUACAACAAGACGCUGCUAUUUUGUCCAUUGGUUGUCAAGAAAUGUUUCUGAGAUGAAUAUUGUAGUGAAAUGGGGCUUAUUCGUGGGAUUUCGAUGUUUUUCUCAUUUUGUGCGGACGUCUGAACAUUGAUUGUUAUUGGAAUUUUGACGCUCAACUCAUUUGUAUACAAUAAAAUAUAAGACGGCAUUCGUCAUGACUAACUUGGAGAAACGACGAAAUGAGCUUGAAAAGAUAGUAGGAAACUCCAAGCAUCCUUUACAUAUCGAUGGCUUGCUUGAUAGUAUUCAAGCAUUGGUGAGCGAUUGUGUCCCAGCUAUGAGGAAAAUCAAGAACUUGGAUAGCUUUCUAUCGAGAUAUGAGAAGCCAUCAAGAUUUAUACGGGAUCACCGAAUGCAACAUACAGAUUUUGAUGUGAUAAAAGUUAUCGGUAGAGGAGCUUUUGGUGAAGUACAGUUGGUUCGUCACAAAGAUACAAAGAAAGUUUAUGCAAUGAAACUGUUGAACAAAUUCGAAAUGAUAAAGCGAUCAGACUCGGCAUUCUUUUGGGAAGAACGAGACAUCAUGGCACAUUGUGACAGUGCAUGGGUUGUAAAGCUUCAUUUUGCAUUCCAAGAUGCAAAGUAUUUAUACAUGGUCAUGGAUUACUGUGCAGGUGGUGAUCUGGUGAAUCUUAUGAGUAACUAUGACGUACCAGAAAAAUGGGCGAGGUUCUACACUGCUGAGGUUGUUCUGGCUUUGGAUGCUAUUCAUUCUAUGGGUUUUAUUCAUCGGGAUGUUAAACCAGACAACAUGCUUCUUGACAUCACUGGCCAUGUGAAACUUGCCGAUUUUGGGACAUGUAUGAAGAUGGAUAAAGAUGGUAUGGUGAGGUCAGACACAGCUGUUGGAACUCCAGAUUAUAUUUCACCAGAGGUGUUGAAAUCUCAAGGUGGUGAAGGGUAUUAUGGUCGAGAAUGUGAUUGGUGGUCUGUUGGUGUUUUUCUUUAUGAAAUGCUUGUUGGUGAUACGCCGUUUUAUGCAGACUCUUUAGUGGGCACCUACAGUAAAAUCAUGGAUCAUAAGAACUCUCUUCAGUUUCCCGACGACAUCGAGAUAUCUUCAAGUGCCAAGAGCUUAAUACAAGCUUUCCUAUGUGAUAGAACUGUGCGUAUAGGUCAGAAAGGUGUCGAUGAAAUAAAGAAACAGAAAUUCUUCAAAAAUGAUCAAUGGACGUGGGAGAAUAUCAGAGAAAUGGUGGCGCCUGUUGUACCGGAACUAGAGUCCGACAUUGAUACGACAAACUUCGAUGACAUUGCAGAUCCUGAGGGGGGCGAAGAGACGUUUGGGAUCACAAAGGCUUUUGUCGGGAAUAAUUUGCCUUUCAUUGGUUUCACGUUUUCUUGUGACUAUGAGUAUUCAAUUGGUAAAGGAAAACAAGGAUUGCAAAGGAAAUCAUCGGAUUCUGUUAUUUCCGAGAAUUCUACUGGAGGAUUCAAACAUUUUACUCCAGACCACAUCAGGAAGAAGUUAGAUGCGUUAGAUCAACAGUUAUCAAAAGAGAAAUCCGCCAAAGAUGAGAUGGAGCAUAAUCUAAAAGUGGUGAAUGCCAAAUUAGAGAAAGUCACGAAAGAAUUAGAAGCAGAGAUUGAAGCAAGGAAAAAAGCAGAGACGUCGAACCGAGAGCUCGAAAGAAAUGCUGCUUUGGAUAAACAUGAUCUACGAGAGGCUCAAAGACGUUGUGAGUUUGAAUCUGAAGCCAAAAAAAAGGCUGAAAGCAAAGUUCAAGAUCUUCAGAAUCGUUUGGAUAGCGACCACGGAGCGAAAACAGAGAUCACCAUUGCUUUACAGACUGCACAAUCCAAGAACACUGUACUUGAGAAAGCAGUGGCAGAAAAUCGCGAAAAGCUACGUAUUGAAAACGAGGCGAGCUCAAAAAUCAAGAAAAGUAACAACGAUCUUACCAAGCAAUUAACAAUAUUAGAACACUCUUUUAAAGAACUCCAAGACAAGCAUAGACUUACGGCUGAAUCCAAGGAUGCUCUCGAGAACGAAUUGUUCCGAGUUCAAGCUUCGUUACAAAGUGAACUUAGCACAAAGAAACAGAGUGAUUCACAAAAGAAAGAAUUAGAAGCGCAACAUAUGGAGUUGAAGCGAGAGAACGAACAAUUACGUAAUAAACUUGUUGAAGGCAACGUUGCGCAGAAGAAAUUGGAACAAGAUAUUGUGGGAUUACAAAAGGAAAAAGCCAACAUCGAAUACGAUAAGAUUGCAGAAACCCAGAAGUUUGAUAAGGCAAUCGCCGAGUACAAAGCGCAAAUAAACAGUUUCCAGGCUGAGAAGAAACGAUUGUCGAUGACACUUGACGAGAAGAAAGAACAAGAAAGACAUGAGCAGGAUAAAGCUUAUCAGACGCUCGUGAAAGAAAGGGAAACGAAGCUAAAACUGGACGCUGAGUUAUCGGAAGCUCAGCGAACGAUCCAGGUUUUGACUGUAGACUAUAACGAUGCAAAACAGAAAUACGAAAGACUCGAACAAGAUUACGAAGCGUCUUUAAAAAAAGUGAAAACACUGGAAGCACAUUACGAAAACGAGGUUCAAAAGAGAACAGGAUUACUCGAAGAAAAAAGACAAUUAAUGGACGAAGUUUCUGACUUGAAAACGAAGGAGAAACAGUUGUCGAAGGACAAUGUUGAUCUCAGAGAACAGAAGAAGACCUUGCAGGAGUCCAACUCCAAACUUAAAAGCUCAAGCGCAAUGGAUGAACUUCAAAUGAAGGAAAUUCAAGACCAACUGGAAGCCGAGCAGUAUUUCUCUACUCUUUAUAAAACUCAAGUCAAAGAACUGAAGGACGAAAUAGAAGAGAAGAUUAAGAAGAUCGAGGAUUUAAAGCAAGAAUUGACCAGACUUCAGGAAGAUAACGAAUCAUUGUCUACACAAUUGGAGCUGACGACAACGAAAGCGGAGUCAGAACAACUUGCCCGACAGAUUGCAGAAGAUGGGUAUUCUGAUUUGGAGAAAGAGACUAUGUUGGAAUUGGAACUGAAGGAUUCCAUUGCUCGUCAUAAAACGGAAUUGUCUGAAAAGCUUUCUAGAAUAUCACAGCUUGAGGAAUCUACAGAGUCGUUUGAGAAGAAGAUCGUUGACUCUUUAUCCGAAAGAGAGAAUUUGAAUAAACAGAUUGAAAAAAUCAAAGAAGAGCUGGAACUUGCUAAAAACGACGAACAAGAAAGCAAGAACUCCGCGGAAAAGUUGCAAAAAGAACUGGACCGAGAAAAAUCGAUAAAGAACCAAGCAAUCGCCAAGUUAACAGUAGUUAUGCAUGAGAAAAAAAGCAAACCGAAAAAGGAAAGCAAAAGUGAUCUUGCCACAAAUCUUAGAAAGAAAGAAAAAGAGUGUAAAAAACUGCAGCAAGAACUUUCGUCGGAAAAAGAGAAAUACACAAAAAUGGCAAACAAAAAUCAGCUGGCGACAGCAGAAUUACAAAACACUAUUAGCAAUGAUAACGAUCUGAUCCAAAAGAUUAAGAUGGAGAGCGACUCGAAGGAUUUGUUGAUCGAGCAGUUGCAAGAACAAGUGAAACAAUUAAAGCAAUUCGCUGAUUCGGGAAUACCAAGUGUUAUAAACAACACAGAAGAUUUACCUGAAACAGAAAAAACGAAAGAGGGCUGGCUGGCCGUCCCAAACAAACAGAAUAUCAAGAAAUACGGCUGGAAAAAACAGUACGUUGUCAUUAGCAGUCUAAAGAUUUUCUUCUACAACACCGAAGGAGACAAGUCAAAAGCUGAUCCUAGUAUGAUAUUAGAUAUAAGUAAACUUUUCCACGUUCGUCCUGUUACGCAGGGCGACGUGAUUCGCGCAGAUAAGAACGAAAUUCCGAGAAUAUUCCAGAUUUUAUUCGAUAAUGACGCCGAGAGCAAAAGGCGAAGUGAGAACAGGUUGCAAGAAAAUCCAGAGGAACGUGGUAACGUCAUUGUGUAUUUGCAACACGAGUUCUUGAUCGUGCAUUAUCACAUGCCAACCAUGUGCGAUUUAUGCCCUAAACCACUGUGGAACAUGUUCAAGCCACCUGAUGCUUUGGAAUGUCGAAAAUGUCAUAUGAAAUGUCAUAAAGAUCAUGUGGAUCGCGAAGAAUCAAUUGUACCGCCAUGUCAAGUGUCACAAGAAUGACAGCAGGAUCAGUUCUAGCGAUCUUGACAAAGAAUGGAAUCAUAUAA